CCUUGAACAAGCAACAACCAUUUGAAACCCAUAUAGUGAUAUAAGUGUGAAUCUUCUUUCCAACUUGUGAAAGAUUUCGUAGAUAUCUAUCCCCCACGGUGGUUCCGAUCAAACAAAUUAAAGUCAUGUCUAGUAGCAGUCAUAGUUAUAGUUACUAUUUUGAUAUGGUUGUGGAGCGUGAGGUGAAUAGUGCUUUGCCGGAGAGACCAGCUGUGACAGCUCCAGAUCAUGAUACCGACGACAGGUUAAAAAAGGAUACAAAUUCCGGCAACAGUCAACCACAUCCACGAUCAGCAAUUGUCGGAGUCAUCGACGUCAAUGAAGUAGCAUUGCCAUUUUUAAGUGAACAUGAACGACGUAGAUCAAUGAAGCUAUCAGCAAUUGUUUCAGAAAUGUUUGAAGGAAUAGAAGAAGAAUUGAUGAACCGACCCAAUAAUGGAGCGAUAUAUGAUGAGAUUUUGACCUUUUGGACAACCGUCAAAGAACGGUUGAAAUUUCUAUCAAAGAAUCAUGGAGAACUUUCAAUCGAUGAAGCUAUUGAAAUAUAUGAUGCAUCAGUUCUCUCGAAUCAUUUGAAAAAACAUGAACAUGAGAUUGAGUUGGCAGGGAAAAUUGCUCAUAGUGGUGUGCUUUUGAUACUUCAAGGACAAAGGCUAGAAAAGGAAGGGCACAAAGAACUUGCCCUAAGCAAAUCCGAGUUGAAGAAGGCGUAUGUUUGAAUCGUUGGUAUGCCAUGAAAUAAAGUUGAAUAAAACAAAAUUUGAUAACACAAAGUUCUUUUAACUUUGAAUAACCUAUUUUAUUUCAUUCCACUCUAUUAAUAAGUAUAUAUUUAAGUAAUUUGAAUAUAGAUCACUAUUAUACUUCAUUCGCAAUGAAACACUAUGUAAUUAAGAAACCUUUUGGGUUCUCCGGAGUCACCUUGUUGGCUUUCUUAUAGCGAAAGCAAACACAUCGUAAGGCAUGCAUGUAGUUUUUCUUUUUGCCGUAUCAUAUAUAUGGGCAUGUUACUCUUUGUUUGUUA